UCUUCUUCUUCUUCUUCUUCUUCAUCCAUUAGUCUCUCAGAAAAUUAUCGUCUUCUUCUACCUCCUCUUCUGCACGAGCAUAAACUCCUUAAAACGCUGCGUUUCGAUAAACACGCGCCCAUUGUGGCUCUGUGACUUCUUUUUCCUCACAUCUCAAUCGCUGAGACCAUGGCGAAUUGGAUCUCCUCCAAACUCAAAGCCGCCGAGAACAUUCUCCACCAGAUCGAUCAGCAAGCGGCUGAAUCUCUUCGCAAGAACGAGAGGCUUCGAUCCGAGGAACCGAGCAUCGAUGCUCCUGCCAAAUCAGGGAGCGGUGUGUCUCUGAAGGAUCAAUUGAAGAAGAAACCUCCGGAGAACAAUGACUAUCAUGGAAAAUUACGCAGUGAUUCCAAUUUUAGCGUGCUUAAAACAACAUCAACUGCACCCAAACUCUCUCCCAAAUCUAGCCCUACCCUCACAGAUGCUGAUUGGACUGAACUCCUUAGUUCACCUAGUCCCUCUAUAGCAUCUAGUUCCGGGGGGAAUCAUAGUAACGGGUCACGUGCAGCUCGUGGUUUGAGCAAUAAUAAUAGGAAGCAGAAGAGUUUGUCUUCAGGGUUAUUGGUAUCGGAUGUUAAGAGGAAUUCAAAAAGUGGUAACAGUGGUUCAAGGUCCUUGCAGAAGUUAGACUCUGUCAAAGAAGUUAAAUUGAGUCGAAAAACUAGUGAUGAUGGGAAGGACUCUGCCUCUUCUGGCUCGACGGAGAGGCAUUCAAAUGUAGAAUCGGAGACCGAUGGUAAGUGGAUGGGAGGACAGGAGUAUGCUAGUAAGGACUGUUCUGAGAAGCUUGUGGUUGAGGCAAAUGAUAAGGCAAAUGAAGAAAAUGAUGUCCGUUUAACUUAUAAUAGGGACUUUUCUCCACCAGAAUCUUUGCAGGAAGACAACAAAAAUUUGGCUGCAGAAACAAUACCAGUAACGGGGGUCGAUAAGGUGCACGAAGCUAAGAUUGCAGUGGAUGUUGUUCGUGGUCAAUUGAGAAGUGCAAUAAAAGGGAGGCAUGGGCUUAAUUCAGUCUCUGGAAAUUCAACACCUGAUGAUUUGAAACGGGCUUCUUCAAUGGAAAGUGAUCGAAGCUCUGAUUCAGAUACAGAUUCUGGUUCAACAUCCGAUUCUGAAAGUGAACAUGAGAGGGAGGAAAGGAGAAAAAUGAGGGAAAAGAUUCUGGCUGAGGAAGCAGCGGCUAAAGCAAGAAAUGCUAUCAAGGAACGGGAGAAUAUGGUGGCCAAAUUAGAGGGGGAGAAGCAAAGUCUAGAGAAAAUACUUGAGGAGCGAGCUAAACAACAAGCACAAGAGGCUUCAGAGCUUCAGAGCACUACGAUGGAAACAAUGGACGCUGUUGAGCUAGAAAAGCAGAAACAUAAUAAUACUAGAAUGGAAGUUCUUACACGUUUAGCUAAACUGGAGACUGCUAAUGCUGAUCUUGCAAGAUCCCUCGCAGCUGUGCAGUGGAACCUUGAAGUAGAGGUUAAACAAGUAGCAGAUCUCAGACAGCAGCUUGUAUCAAAAGAAUUGGUUCAAGAAGAACUCAGAAGGAGCUUGAAGAAUCCUCAUCAAACGGGAGCUUCACAAAAUCAACUAGCUUCAAAAGGAGUUGAGUUUGAACGAGAAAUUCUUGAGGCAGAGCGUUCUUUAAUUAAUGAUAAAGUUGCACAACUACAGGAAAAAGCAAGGAAUCUGGAAGCUGACAUUGAAAUGACAAGGAAGGAGAUAGAAGAACCAACAGAAGUUGAAGUUGAGCUCAAGCGAAGGCUUCAUCAAAUGACUGACCAUUUGAUACAGAAACAAGCCAAGGUUGAGUCGCUCUCCUCUGAGAAGGCAAGUCUUACAUUCAGAAUCGAGGCAGUGUCAAGGUUGUUGGAUGAGAACACGUCAGCAUCAGGUGCAACAGAUAUGAAUCCUGCUUCUUCAUCAAGUGACUUAGAAUCAGGAUUAUGGGAGCUUUCUAAUUCAAAGUUUAAGCCUAUGUUAAAAGCCAGAAUUCGUUCUGGCAAGAGGCAGCUGGGAUCAUUACUUCACCAAUUAGAUUAUAUUUUUGUGGCCGGUGCUGUUUUUUUGAAAAGGAACUCAACGGCAAAAUUAUGGGCUUUGAUUUACCUUGUUUGCCUUCAUUUAUGGGUGAUUUAUAUUCUAAUAUCACAUUCUGGCCCAUCAAAUGAGGGUAGAUCUGGUGCCGUGAUCUCAUUGGAGAACAUUAAUAACACUGGAGGAGUAUGAUUGUGUUGUGAUGUCUCGUUACUUGUGUCAUUUACCUCAGGUUUUAGGAGGUCUUCGUUACAUUGACAAGUGGUAGGAAUGUUGUACGGUACCACAUCAUGACCAGAAAAAUAUAAUAAUUAUGAAGGAAAAUAUAGGACUGCAUGCCUUUUAUUUCGAUGAAUUACAUCUAUUUGGCAAUGUGAAAUUGCACCCGAGAAUGAGUUAUUCCAUCAGAGAGGAGCAAUGCCCUGCUAUGUGUAUAGAAAAAUGGGUGAUUUGGGUUUGAAUUUUGAAUGCUUGUCAAAUGAUGAGAAGUGUUCGUGAGGACCUGAGUUGAAGUAUCAAAAGUAUUUUGUAUGGACGGUGUAGCAGCAGAUGUAAUAAAAAAAAUGAGCCCUCUAGUCAGUGGCUUGGAGAGGCUUGGCUGUGAGUUCGCUGUUGUGACCCUAGCACUAAUAAUCAAAGAUGUCGCAUGCAGUUUCAUGAUUAUUAUUUAUUGAACUUGUAAAGAAGAAAGAAUCUAUUUCUUU